AUGGCGGAACAAAAGACCUCGCAUCCAAGGAGCUGGAAGGGUUGGCUGUGGGAUUCUGCCGAUGUCUCGAAAGAAGAGAGAUUGUUCCUUCUCAAGAUUGACACAUCGAACAUAACGAACGCAUUUGUCUCGGGAAUGAAAGAAGACCUCAAUCUAUACCAGAAUCAAUACAACUACAUUGUUGUCUCGUGGACAGUCGGGUACAUCAUCGGUCAAUGGCCGUCCAAUUUCAUCUUGACUCGAGUUCGUGCUCAUAUCUGGAUCCCAUUCCUUGAAGUCGGCUGGACAAUCUUCACGUUCGCUCUUGCUGGCGCCAAGUCAUAUAGUGCUAUGCUCGGACUACGAUUUGUCGUUGGACUCUUCGAGGCAGGGUACUGGCCUGCCCUGUAUUACAUCUUGGGCAGCUGGUACAACAAACGUGAAUUGGGAAAACGCAACGGUAUUCUACAAUCUGCAGUCAGUAUCGCGCCCAUCUUCAGUGGUUUCCUCCAAGCUGGAAUCUACAAUGGCCUGAACGGUCAUGCGGGCCUUGCUGGAUGGAGGUGGCUCUUCAUCAUCAAUGGUGUCAUAUCGUUCCCUAUUGCCGUUCUCGCCUUUUUCUGUCUGCCGGACACACCGUUCACCGCGAAGCCGGGCUGGCUGUUUACUGAACGUGAUCUGGAAAUUGCUCGAAAUCGCAUGUCACUAGCGGGACGCGCACCUGAGGGCAAACCAUAUACAUUCGAGGUUAUCCUAGGGUACUUGACGAGUUGGAAGACGCUGCUCUUCACUUUGAUCUUUACAAUGCAACCUUUCGGAACCCAACCUUUCACCGCAUUCGUCUUUUGGCUCAAAGCACAUAACAAGAAAGGCCAGCCUCCCGUGUACACUGUGGCUCAAAUCAACGAAUAUCCAACAAUCGGCAACGGAUUCACGGCCGCAUACUCUCUCCUCGCCGUCUGGAUCAGUGAUGGGCCCCUCCGUGGUCGCCGAUGGCCCAUCAUCCUCUUCUCGAACACCAUCGCAAUUGUUAUAUUUGUGCUUCUAGCGGUCACGCCUGUAAUGGGACCAUUUCAACAUCGUGCUCCUUUGUACAUUGUCUCGUCGAUCGGUGGGGCUUGUGUACCGUUGACCAUGGCGUGGAUGGCAGAACUUAUCUCCAACAACGCUGAGCAGAGAGCGUUCACAGCUGCAUCAAUGAAUACGCUACAAUAUACAUUCUCCGCGUGGAUCCCACUAGUAUGGUUCCAACAGGUCCAUCAACCGUAUGUCACGGCUGGAAACAGAGCUGCAGCCGUCGUGGCCGGGUUCAACAUUAUUGUCUUUACGACCAUUGCGAUUCUAGCGCACAGGGAGAAGAUCCGCAACAAGAGAAAUGGGCAGCUUGAGACUGAAGUUUCGAGCGUCGAGUCUGCUGCGGCGGACUCUACCGGCGCUGAGGUGUUGAAGGAACAUCAUGUUGGUGUUGAGCAUGAACACGAGCAUGGCGGAGAGAAGAAAGCGUCUGGGUUGAAAGUUGUCGAGUUGUGA